CGGCGCGGCGCAUUGUGGGCUGACGUAUUGUUUUCGAAUCUCCGGUUGCCCGCUGAAGAGGCGCCCGAGGGGGGCGGGGCUUCCUUCGGAGGGAUCAUAAGUAAAAAGAGUCAUUCUGAAAAAGGCUGUGCUGCAUCUGGAGAUCUGGGACCUACCUGAAAUGUGUACAUAUCUUGCUAGCACUUCAGUUUCAGCCAGGAAUUGGUGGACAGGAACACAGGAACAAAGGUUUUGCAAGCAGCCUGGCUAGGAUAAUACUUCAUUACAUCUCUUCAGGAGAGAGAUUCUGCCUAAUCAGGUGUACUGACUGCGAUGGUCCAUUAAAGGCAAUGAAGCUGCUCCCAAUAACACCUGUUGGGGAUCUGACCCUGGAGGUAAUAUAGCAGAUGAAAUCUCAUCCUUUUCAUGGUGAUGCAGAUCCUGGAAGAGACAGAGCAUCUGUUACUUACAAGAACUGUCUUCCUGUCUCAAUCUGGGAAAUGUGUAUGGGCUUCUGGAGCUGCAUCAACUUGUUUCUUUCCCAGAGUAUCUUCAACUGCAUAUUUGGAUGAAAUCCUAGCCCCUUUGAAGCCAAAAAGGAUUUGAGGGCCAGAGACUGCUUCCAGAGAAUCAGAAAGAGAGAACUGAAGCUGAGCUUUACAGGGUUAUUAAAAAUGCAUAGCAACAAGCAGGACCUGGUAAAUUACUAUGUUGGAAUUGAUGUUGGAACAGCAAGUGUCCGUGCAGCUUUAGUAGACCAGUAUGGGACAGUAGUGGCACAUGCGGAUCAGCCAAUCCAAAUUUGGGAACCCCAACCAGACUACUAUGAGCAGUCCUCUGAUGACAUCUGGGCUGCGUGUUGCACAGUGACAAAGAAAGUUGUCUGUGGCGUAGAUGCUGAGAGGAUUCGAGGGCUUGGUUUUGAUGCCACUUGCUCACUUGUUGCUGUGGAUAAGCAGUUUCAGCCCUUGGCAGUCAAUUAUGAAGGGGAGCAUACUAGAAACAUCAUUCUGUGGAUGGACCAUCGUGCCGCCAGUCAAGUAGCCAGGAUCAAUGGAACGCAGCACAGCGCUUUGAGCUAUGUUGGGGGAACGAUGUCUGUAGAAAUGCAGCCACCUAAAUUGCUGUGGAUAAAAGAAAACUUGCGAGAGUCUUGCUGGGAAAAAGCUGGCUACUUCUUUGAUCUUCCCGAUUUCUUAUCGUGGAAAGCAACAGGUGUCACUGCAAGGUCCCUCUGUACAGUGGUGUGCAAAUGGAUGUAUUCGUCAGAGGAGGGGUGGAAUGAUAAUUUCUGGAAGUUGAUCGACUUAGAAGAUUUGGUGGAAGAUAAAUAUGAAAAAAUAGGAAACCAAAUCCUGUCUCCUGGAACUUCUGUUGGAAAUGGUCUAACGCCAGAAGCUGCAAAAGACCUUGGUCUUCCUUGUGGGAUUGCAGUAGCAGCAUCUCUCAUUGAUGCACAUGCUGGAGGACUAGGCAUCAUUGGAGGAGAUGUGAAAGGACAUAACCUGCCCUGUGAAAAUCAGCCCAUUACCUCUCGGCUUGCCCUGAUCUGUGGAACAUCUUCAUGCCACAUGGGGAUAAGUGAAACCCCCAUUUAUGUGCCUGGUGUUUGGGGGCCAUAUUACUCGGCCAUGGUACCUGGAUUCUGGCUGAACGAAGGAGGCCAAAGUGCUACGGGAAAACUGAUCGAGCAUGUUGUCCAGGGCCAUGUUGCCUUCCCAGAAUUGCAAGAGAAAGCUGCUGCCAGUGCUCAAAGUAUAUAUACAUACUUGAACAGUCACCUGGAUCUGAUUAAGAAAUCUUUGCCUGUGGGUUUCCUCACUGUUGAUUUACAUGUUUGGCCAGAUUUCCAUGGUAACCGAUCUCCCUUAGCAGAUCUGACACUAAAGGGCAUGGUUGUUGGGCUCACGCUGUCUCAGGGCCUGGAUGAUCUCGCCCUUAUCUACUUGGCCACAAUUCAAGCCAUUGCUUUAGGAACAAGACACAUUUUGGAAACUAUGCAGGCUGCAGGGCACCGCAUCAACACGCUGUUUCUGUGUGGUGGGCUGAGGAAGAACCCCCUCUUUGUGCAGAUGCAUGCUGACAUUACUGGCAAGCCUGUUGUCCUGUCCCAAGAAGUGGAAUCUGUUUUAGUUGGUGCUGCUAUUCUUGGAGCUUGCGCUUCUAGGGAUUUUGCUUCCAUACAGGAGGCUAUGGAGAGAAUGGGAAAAAUUGGGAAAGUUGUGCAGCCAAACCACAAGCAUAAAAGAUUUUAUGACAAGAAGUACGAAGUGUUUCUGAAACUCGUGGAACAUCAGCAAGAGUAUAAAGCUAUCAUGCAAGGCAUUUAAUUCACAGUCAGAUAAUCUGGGAACUGUGGGCAUCCCAGAUUUUUCAGAGACUUGCAAAUGGGAGGUCAUGGUAAUUUCAUCUGAUUGUGUUAUGCGGUUUCAAAGAAAAUUGUACUUUGUUCUUUUUAAUUAAAAAUAAUCAAGUGCAUUC